GGAAGGGGGCGGGUGCGCUUCCCCCUCCCGCGCGGCAGGGGGCGGGGCUGUGGUCUCCAUGGAGACGCUGUGUUGGGAGGGGGAGGGCGAGGGCCUCCCCCAGUCUGUGCUUCACUUUCCCUUAAGUGCCCCUGCCUCCGUUCCCCCUAAUUGCCCCUGCCUCAGUUUCCCCCCUUGCUCCUCGCGCCCCAGGGCCCGGUGCAGGGUCCCACCGCGUCACCCCCGUCAGCAGCACCCGUGGAGGGGAGCGUUAUCCGCUUCAUGGGCCCGGCUCGAGUUUCUGCAGCCAAAAUGCAGCCGUUUCUGGGGAGCGGCGCGUGGGAAGGACCCAGGAGCCGGCCGGGCGGAGGGCGAGGAAGCGUCGCACCUUCUAGACUAACUCGCUCAAAGAUGCGCCAGCGUCGGGUUGGUGGCUCAGUGGGCAUCAUCUGGGCCGCGUUCUCCGGCAAUCGGGGAGGAAGAUGGACGCGUCCCCGCGGGACCAGGCUCGAGCUUCUCCAUCCGCUCGGACGCCCGGGACAUCCUCGCGGCAGCUGGACGAGGGAUCCUUCGUGCGUACCUGCCUCGCUCGCAGAGUAGUCUCUGUUCUACCUCAGGCCUUUAUCUCACCCCUUUUUCAAGCCAAGACGUUACCGACUUACAGCUUCCCCUUAUCUCCUUCGUUUGCAUCGACACGUCUUAAAUGUGCCUCCGUGGUGCGCCUCGCAGCCGGGGCCGGGUUUCAGUUCUGCUUAUCAAAGCCGUCCAAAGCCAGCGAAACAAAAAGGCGCCUUUUUCUUCUCCGAGCCCCCAGUGCUGCCGACGUGUUUGCCCGGAGUUACGAAAUCCUGUGCUUUAUCAAAUCCUGCUGGGAUAUUUCUAUGCGAAGUACUCGGAGCCUGAUUUCAGGGCUAAGCUGGCCUGGGCGUGAAGCUUUCUGGGAGUACGGGCCCUACAAAGGCAACUUAACAUCAGUGCAAAGCGUUCACUAGCAAAGCUGCCAGCGUCCAAUGGAUGGAUGGAUAGCUCGUCUCUCCGGGCCACUCAGUUUAGCACCUUCCACGGGUCAAAUGAAUCGAGGGAGUCCAGCAUCACGUCUUGGCGGCCGAGUCUGCCGACGACCCCUAGCAGAGCCGGGCUGUCCCGGGCCCUGGUGUGAAGAUGUCUGUGCCCCCCGGCUCUGUGGUUGUCCCCGACUGGCUCAAAUCGCCGGAGGGCAAAGAGCACCUGGCCGCCAUCCUGCGGAAGAACAAGCGGAAGGUCUUUGGACUGAUGGAGAGGCCAGUGCUGCCGCCGCAGGUGGCCUCAGACACAGCCAGCUACAAGGUGUUUGUCUCGGGCAAAAGCGGCGUGGGGAAGACGGCACUGGUGGCCAAGCUGGCUGGCCUGGAGGUACCCAGCGCCCACCACGAAACCAUGGGGAUCCAGACGACGGUGGUGUACUGGCCGGCCAAGCAGGGAGAGAGUGGCCGAGCCGUCAUCUUCCGCCUCCAGUUCUGGGACUGCGGCGAAGCGGCACUGAGGAAGUUCGAUCACAUCCUGCCGGCCUGCAGGGAGAAGGCAGAUGCCAUCCUCUUCCUCUUCUCCUUCACUGACCGCUCGUCCUUCGAUGACCUGCCCGCCCAGAUCUCGCGUGUCGUGGGCGAUGCUGGAAGCCUCAUCAGGAUCGUUGUGGGCACCAAGUUCGACCAGUUCAUGCACGCUGAUGUCACGGAGCGGGACGUGGCCGAGUUCCAGCGCACCUGGCACCUGCCUGUGUUUCGGGCACAGAGCGCGGCUGGGCCCCGGCAAGUGGGCAGGCGCACCCCGGACGCUGGCACUGGGCUGUGGGAGGUGGCGCCCCUGCUCAACGGGCUGGCAGAGCACCUGUGGCAUCAGGACCAGGUGGCCGCUGGGCUCAUCCCAGCUCCCCUGCCCAGCCCAAAAGAGACAGGACCCUGCUGAGACACCCAGAGCUCCCUGGGUGCUGUCGGCAGGUGGCGUCGGAGGCCUUCACGAGGCUGCUGCAGCAGAGCUGAGCAGGGACCAGAGCAUCUGCAACAUCCUGGAUGUGCCCGUGAUGGCCAGAUGCCCAGUGCUGACUGUUCAGCCCCCUGGAAGGGUGUUUGGAGGUGGGGAUGUCCAUCCUGCCCUGUCCGUCGCAGGCAUCGAGUGUCCCUGGCUGGAUUCAAGAGGAAUCGAUACAGGCUUCUCUGGACUUCUGCUACUGGGGGCCCCGCCACCAGGCCUUGCAUGUUCCAGGCAAUUAAAGAAAGAGCAUGUUCCAGGCAAUUAAAUCCCGACUCCCCCUG